AUGCAUCUGAAGCUAAAAAACAAUGGUCUUCAAUUCUUAAUUAAACACUGUGAAAUAACUGGUGGAGAAUUUUGUCCUGUCAUCCAAACUAUUAAUCAGUCGGUCACACGGAUCUAGGAAGCAAUGGACUACUUCACUUUACCCCGUCUUGUUAGCUUCUUCAUUUUUUUGCUCAAAAAGACUCAACAACCCCGUUCCAUGCUCAGUAUUUCUGACUUGUGUUUGUCCAAGCACUGAGCCAGAUACAGAACCAACCAAAAACAAAGAAAAUGAGGAUGGAUUAUUUGAAGCAAAAGUUUCCCUUCAACCACAAAAAUUUCUUUCUCAAGUCGCUUCUCACAAUCUUCUUCCUAGGCCUCGCUUUCUGCAUCCUCUUCUAUCACUCCCUGUCCCCCCUGAUUUCCCCAGUUUUGGAAUCCCCAUUUCCUGAGAAAGUGACAUUACCAGAACCUCAAAACCCACCUCAGACUUCAACUGUUCUAGAACAUGUUCCCGAACUACUACCUGUUCCACAACACCCAACUAUUCUGGAACAUGCUCCCGAACUACUACCUGUUCCAGAACCCCCAACUAUUCUGGAACAUGCUCCCGAAACUGAAGAUCAACUAUCUCCCACAGACUCAAAGAAAUGUGAUUACUUUAGUGGGGAUUGGGUCCCGAACCCUUCGGGUCCGGCUUACACUAAUGAAAGCUGUGACCUCAUUGUAUCUCAUCAAAAUUGCUUGAAGAAUGGGAGGCCUGAUACAGAGUUUCUGUAUUGGAGGUGGGCUCCAAGAGAUUGUGAUUUGCCUCAGUUUGAUCCAGAAAGGUUUCUCAACAUGAUGUGGAACAGAGCCUGGGCACUUGUUGGUGAUUCCAUUUCACUCAACCAUGUGCAAUCGCUGCUCUGCAUUCUUGCCAAGAUCUUGCUUUCUUGGUUCCAAUGCCAAAUGUUGGAGGUGGAACAACCUGUCUUAUUCUACUAUAACAAGGAAAACAGGUGCAAAAGCUGGCGUUUUCCCUCAUACAACUUCAGUAUGUCACUUAUUUGGUCACCAUUCCUUGUGGAAGCUGCUAUUUUUGAAGACGAAAAUGGUGUUUCAAGUUCUAAUGUUGAGCUACAUCUCGACAAACUGGAUAGUAAAUGGACUGAUCAGUACCUUGACUUUGAUUACAUUAUUUUUUCAACUGGGAAAUGGUUUCUCAAAUCUGCAAUCUACUAUGAGAAUGACACCAUAUUGGGCUGCCACUUCUGUCCUAAGAGGAACCUGACAGAGCUGGGGUUUAACCUGGCUUAUCGGAAAGCCUUGAAAUUAGUGAUGAACUUCAUAGUGUCUUCAAAUCACAAAGGGGUGAUUUUUUUCCGGACAUUCACACCUGAUCAUUUUGAAAAUAUGGAGUGGUUUAAUGGGGGAACUUGCAAUAGAACGGCACCAAUUAAAGAAGGUGAGAUGGAAAUGAAAUAUUUGAGCAAGAUGCUCCGUGACGUUGAGUUAGAUGAGGUUGGAAAGGCAGCUUCUGAAGCUUCAAAAAAUGGGGUGAAUUUGAAGCUUGUGGAUAUUGCUCCACUUUCACUAUUGAGACCUGAUGGGCAUCCUGGUCCAUACAGGCAAUUUCAUCCAUUUGAAGAGGACCAAAAUGCUUCUAAAGUACAGAAUGAUUGUUUGCAUUGGUGCUUACCUGGGCCUAUUGACUCUUGGAAUGAUAUAAUAAUGGAUAUGAUUGUCAAUGAGUAAGAAAAAAGAUACUGUAAUCAGUUAAAUGCUCCAUACAGUUGUGAAUAUUGAGUGCAUUGUUACUCUAUAUACUGUGUGUGAUUCUUGACAUUCAUAUUCAUACAGAAGGACAAUGGAAAUUGGAGGCAAAUAAAUUGAAUGUAUAAGUAUUUUUUCUUCAAUAAAUAAUAAGUUAUCCUCGA